CACCACAGAAUAUUUAAAAUUUUAAGGAAUAAAGCGUUUUAAUUAAAAGAAAUUUGUAUAUAUUUUAGAAGAAAGUCAAUGGGAACGUACACCGCUUGAAGAUAUCAAUACUGCCAUAAUAAUAAGGAGUAUCGAAUUGGGUAGAAAAUAUGAAAUGAGAGUGGUAACUGUUGAAGAUAACUUUGAAGUGCCAAGUAAAAUAAAAGUAGUAGAUACGUCUGAUUUACCAAUCAUUGCUCCAAUCUAUGAAGAUACAGUAAUUAAUGUAGCUUGGUUCAUUGGAUUGAUGUGUCUCAUUCCUGUAAUGGCAUUGUGGUUAUCAUUGUUAAUUUUUAUAUGUUUCAAAAAUCUCGGAGGAGGAAAAUAUUCCAUUAAAGAAAAAGAAGCUUCUCAAGGUCACAAUCUCAGUUUUGUGGAGAAUAACGGUUUUACUGAAUACAGUCAGUCGGGGAACAACCAAGUUGCCUCUAAGGGAAGCAAAGUGUCAUUAAGCGAUAGUAUAAAAGAUAUGGAAAGUGAUACAGACAGUAUGGCAGGUUAUGCAGAAGGAGAAACUGGACAGUUUAAAGAAGAUGGUUCUUUUAUAGGCCAAUAUCGACCCAAAAAGAAGGAAAAUGAAACGUCAUCAUCAAUGCAAGCAACUUAUGUAUGAUUUUAAUAAUCUGUUAAGGAUUUUGUCCCAUUCACUUCUUAUUUUAUUAUUAUAAAAUUUUACUUAUUCGGAAUAAUUAAAUUUUGGUUUUGUAGAUGUGGCAA